AUGGCCCACCAACCAAACGGCAACAACAACCCCCCUCCCGUCCCCACCUCCGACGACGCCCUCUUCUCCUCCACCCUCAUCUCGCCGCAAGUCACAUCCGCCCUGCCCGAGGGGUAUACGAUCCGGCCACUGCAACGCACAGAUUUCGCGCAUGGCUUCCUCGACGUGCUCCGCGUGCUGACGCACGUGGGGGACGUGCAGCAGGCGGAAUUCGAGGCGCGGUUCGAUGAGAUGCGAGGCGGGGGCUCGGGCUUGGGUGGGUAUCAUGUGCUGGUGAUUCUGGAUGGGGAGGGCAAGAUUGUGGGUACGGGGGCGUUGAUUGUGGAGAGGAAAUUGUAGGCGUCUCCCUCUUCCCUACCUCAAGGAGUGAUUUGCUAAUGUUGAUUCUUUCUGGAAUUUACAGCAUCCACCAUCUCGGCCUAGUGGGCCACAUCGAAGACAUCGCGGUCGCCAAGGACCAGCAGGGCAAGAAGUUGGGCCUGCGCAUCAUCCAGGCGUUGGAUUUCGUGGCGGAGAAGGUGGGGUGUUACAAGACGAUUCUGGACUGCUCCGAGGCGAACGAGGGGUUCUAUGUCAAGUGUGGGUUUAAGCGGGCCGGGUUGGAGAUGGCGCAUUAUUAUGAGAGGGGGGCGGCUUGAGGGCAUGGCAUGGCAUGGCAUGGGGAUUGGAGGGAGUGGGUGAGGGGGGGAGUUGGCGGACUUUUGGGAAGGGGAAGAGGAAGAGGAAGAGGAAGAGGAAGAGGAAGAGGAAGAGGAAGAGGAAGAGGAAGAGGAAGAGGAAGAGGAAGAGGAAGAGGAAGAGGAAGAGGAAGAGGAAGAGGAAGAGGAAGAGGAAGAGGAAGAGGAAGAGGAAGAGGAAGAGGAAGAGGAAGAGGAAGAGGAAGAGGAAGAGGAAGAGGAAGAGGAAGAGGAAGAGGAAGAGGAAGAGGAAGAGGAAGAGGAAGAGGAAGAGGGAGGGUUAGAGGAGGGCAUAUGCUCAGGAGAACAGGACAUGAUGUUGCUGGGACAGUGUGCUCUGCAGAUGUCGGGAGGAGGGUGUGUUCAGUGCCAGGCUGAAUGGGAGGGAGGGAGGUAGGCGUUUUGGGGGUAAAGGAGGAUGCCUUGCGGCGGCAAUGAUAUGAAGAUAUGAAUGAAGGAGCUCUUAUCCGGCGAGGCUCAGAAUUAGAUAGAUCAAGUCAUAUCCUCGAAAGAAGUCGUGCAAGAACAGCAUACCUUAUGUUGCCGGUUGUUGCUGCGAAUGAUGGCCCCUCUUCACACUGCGUGAUGCUCCGGGGAUGCCUCCGGCUGCCAAGAGCAGCAACCUUCGAAGCCCAGAGUCGUCUUGCGCUUGACAACAACUCACACCAUCAAAGGAUACAUGUACCAUUCCUGAGCGUGAGCAAGACUACUGGCUUCCAAGACGAGUGUAGAUGGCUGCCACAUGUGCGAAUGGAAGUGACAAGAAACCCUCAAAGCCCAAUCAAUGAUUCGGCCGAAUCGAAGAAGUCGAGAGCAAAAGAAUCCAAACCCCAGAACGGAACCGACGCCUCUGCUGCGAAAAGGCCAGCCUUCGAGCCCAAGGACCGCUCACACAUCCAGCUCCAGACGCAAACACCGGACGAAUUAUGGCUGGCCGUACUGGAAUCUCCCUGCACAUUUCCCACCGACAUCUACCAUACGGUGAUGCUCAAUCUCAUCAAGAACCCCAACAUCACGUCGAGUCAUCUCUUCCGGGCGGACAUUUUCUACGACAGUGAGAAGGACCAUCGCUUUAGGCCGGAGGAGGAUUCGGAUCCGUACCAGGGCUUUGCGAAGCACAUGAAGGAGGAGUACCGUCCGCGGAGAGCGAGAUGGCCGGGCUUCCAGCUGGAGAGGACGAUGGUGAGACAGUUGAUUCCGAGGAAUCCGCAGUUGGACAAGUCGCUGGUGCAGACUUGUCACUUUUUCAGGAGGCAAUAUGGCGGGGAUCGAGAGGAAAGCCUGGUUGUCUACAUGCCACACGUGGAUAAGCCGGAAGAAGUACCCUUCUACCAUCCCACAGUCUCCCAACUGGCCUUCCUCCAUACCUGGCGUGCAGCACCCCACCGCCCCAGCACCCUCACGCUCCUCUACCGCGGCUUCGAUUCCCUCCCCAUCUCCUUCUCCUCCCCCAAACUCGCCCGCACCGCCCUCCGACUCCUCCAGACCAUUCACAAACACGGCCAGGGCCAACUCCUCGGCUACGAAAAGCGAGUCCACCACGACCGCAUCAUCCCCCAGAAACGCUACCAGGACACCUACACGCGCCUGAAAGCCAAAUACGGACGACAGAUUUCCGAGCAGUGGGUCGAAGUGACGGAUCCGGGCAAGCACGUCUUUGAGGAUCUGGGCAUUGCGGCGUUCCUGAUCGAGCUCUGGAGGGAGAUGUACGAGCUGCCACCGGGCACGACAGCAGGAGCAGAAGACGAAGACGAAGACGAACAGCAGCCGUCCGAAAAGGAGGCUACGGAUGGUAGGAGAAAAAAUCCUCCCUUCCCGGGCUUCAUCGAUAUCGGCUGCGGCAACGGAAUCCUCGUGCACGUCCUACUCUCCGAAAACUUCUCCCCCGGCAGCGGUUUCGACGCCCGCGAACGUAAAACCUGGUCCAUCUUCCCCGAAACCGUCCGAUCCAGACUCGAGUCGAAAAUUCUCGUGCCCGAGAUCUUCUCCUCUUCUUCUUCUUCAGAUUUCCUCGUGCGAACCUUUCCACCCGGAAUCUUCAUCAUCUCCAACCACGCCGAUGAAUUGACACCCUGGACACCCCUCCUCGCCGCUCUGAAUGCUUCCGCUUUCAUCGCGAUCCCAUGCUGUAGUCACGAUCUCUCUGGAGCGAGAUUUCGCGCUCCGCUGACGACGAAAGCCGCCUCUUCUGAUUCUUCUCCUUCCUCCGAUUCUUCUCCCAUCGCUAGACUCCCCCAACAAGAACCACCACCUCAAGAACCUCAAUCUCAGAGUAAUUCCAAGCCACAACAACAACAAGCAGCAGAAACAGGCUCCCUACUAGCCCCGAAGCCGCCGCCGCCGCCGCCGCCGCAGCAAAGAAAGAAACCUCCAACCCCCUCCGCCUACGCGACCCUCUGCUCCUACAUCGCCAGCCUAGCGACAGAAGUAGGUUUCGCGCCGGAGACGGAGAUUCUGCGGAUUCCGAGUACGCGGAAUACGUGCAUCAUCGGGCGGAGGAGGAGGGGGGAGGCGAUGGAAAAUGGGAUGAAGGAGGAGGAGAAGUUGGAAAGGAGGACGAGGGUGGUGACGGAGCUGGUGGAGAGGGAAUUGAAACGGGAUGUGGAAGUGGUGGGGCGGGAAUGGGUUGCGAGGGCGGAGAGGUUGAGGGGGAAACCGGGGAGUGGACAUUAG